AUGACACCAGAAAUGAAACCAUCGGCCACAGUUCAGUCUCAAAUACUAGGCAAAUUGACCGACAUGCUCAGUGGAAAUAUGAUUGAAGGGUUUUUCCCAAACUUAAUGGUGAAGUUUACUGAUAUCGUCUAUGAAUUGAUGAGACUUGGACGCCAUCGACGAAACUGGGACCAUUCGCUGUACAACAAGAGCAUUCGAGUGAUUGUGGAAUACAUGAUUGAAAGGGGAGACCGUCCAUUUCGCAAUAUUCUUUUAGGAAAACUCGAACGCUUCUUGAAAUAUAUGGCCUCGACGGUUUGCAGAGUAUUUUUUGAGAGAAGGAUUCAUUUGUUUCUUAAUGAAAGGUUGAUGGUUCCAGUGAAAGAUAUCGAAAAAACUUGA